UACCAGUGUGUGAGAUUCACAAUGGUGGCAGAGACUUGUCAGAAGGUCUGUGAGCUAUGUCCGGGGGAGAAAAUCGGGUCCUUUGUGGCCGUGGAUUAUGUCCUAUUUGCCCUUGUUCUGGUCGUCUCGGCCCUCAUUGGAGUAUUCUACAUGAUCAAGGAGUACCGGGCAGUCAAAAACAUGACGUCCGACGAUGUACUCAUGGGAGGAAGAGACAUUGGGAUCUUUCCCAUCGCCAUGUCUUUAAUGGCAAGCUUCAUGGGAGCUAUCACGGUUUUAGGGACCCCCACGGAAAUGUAUAAUAAUAAUACUAGUUACUGGAUCGCUGGUAUGGCCAUGCUGAUCACUGUGCCAUUAACAAAUCACAUUUUCCUGCCGUUUUUCCAUGACUUGUCUUUGACGUCUGCUUAUGAGUAUUUGCAGAAGAGAUUCAGCAAGUCAGUUCGGAUUUUUGCAUCUGUGAUAUUUACAUUAAACAUGCUUUUAUACAUGGGCGUGGUAUUAUAUGCCCCAGCUUUAGCUCUGAAUCAAGUGACUGGCCUUAGUUUGGCAUUAUCGAUAGUAUUGAUUGGACUUGUUUGUACAUUCUAUACCGCUUUGGGAGGACUACGAGCAGUUGUAUGGACAGAUACAUUCCAGACGUUUGUCGUUAUGGCUGGUUUGAUUGCUAUCAUUGCUCAGGGUUCGGUAGAUCUUGGAGGCUUUGGGAAUAUCUGGGACAUUGCUAACGAAGGGGGCCGUAUAUUUUUCCUUGAUUGGAGUGGAGACCCUACAACACGCCAUUCUGUUUGGUCUCUUGUGAUUGGUUCAACAUUUGGUCAGCUAACAAUAUAUGCAGCCAAUCAAACCAUGAUUCAACGAUAUCUCGCCAUUAAAGAAAUAAAAAAUUCUCAAAGAGCACUCUAUCUCAGUUUGCCUUUGACCCUUAUUUUGUCUACAGUGGUGUGCUUGGUGGGACUAGUUAUAUACGCCACCUAUCAUGAAUGUGAUCCCUUCCUUCUAGGUCAGGUACAUGCACGAGAUCAAUUGUUACCUUUCAUGGUGAUGGACAGACUGACAUUUUUACCGGGACUGCCGGGAUUGUUUGUAGCUUGUCUCUUUAGCGCCUCUUUAAGUUCCAUUUCCUCCGGAUUAAAUGCCCUAGCUAUUGUAAUUUUGGAAGACAUAUUGAAAUUAUAUUGGGAGAAAACAGACACCACUCCAUCAGUCAUAUGGCAAACCAGAAUAGCCAAAAUACUGGGUUUUGUUGCCGGUGGUAUGGUGAUAGGAAUAGCUUUUAUUGCUCAGUAUCUUGGACAGACUGUUUUACAGAUCAUGUUGAGUAUAUUUGGAAUGGUUGGUGGACCUUUGCUCGGUCUUUUCAUUUCUGGAAUAUUUUUCCCAUUCAUCAAUGCACCAGGUGCUCUUUGUGGACUAAUCGCGAGUGCGGUCCUGACAUUUUGGGUCGGAGUUGGCGGUACAGUAUUACUUCCGGUUCCGCCGAUAACAGGUGUCAGCACUGCAAAGUGUGACUUGUUUCCCAAAAACUGUAAUGGAACUGUAUUUAAUUCCACGGAUUUUAAUUUUACAUCUACAGCGACAGUGAAUACUUUGUCAGCCACAGAUAUGACAACGACAAUAAACACAACUGCAGCACAGUCAAUGGAUGAUUAUCUGUGGAUUUAUAAAUUGUCUUAUUUAUACUAUGCUUUAUUUGCUGUGAUCAUCUCAGUUGUUACGGGAAUUAUCGUUACCAUCAUAUCAAGUAUAUUCACAGAUAUGAACACGCCUAAUGAUUUUGAUAAGAAAUACGUCCAUAAAUGGGUAGACCGUGUUUUUUGCUACUUGCCUCUUGGCUGCCAAAAAGUCACCAGGCUUCAAAGAUACAACGAAGAGAUCUCAACUAUUUCCGGAGGAGGGUUUCAUGACAAUCCAGUGGCAUUUGAUUUAGAAAUGAAGGACAGAAAAACUAAGAAUGGGGCACCUUAUUCAUCAUCGGACACAGAAAUUGGAACCCAAUUAUGACGUUUUAAAACGAACCAAAAUCCUUAGAAUAACUUGAUAAAUUUUACCAAUUGUGUAUUUUUGCGACUCAGGGUUGUUAGGUGGACAAAGCAACGUCUCUCAGGGAAUAUGACGUUGCACGGUUUUAGGAGGAGAUCUGAAUGCACGUGAUUCUUUUACAAUAUAAACAUUUGGUGAGUGAAGAAAAGAACCACCUUCUUAAAUGGUCGUCACGGAUAUGAAAACUUUGUAAUAUCGUACAUAUACUGUUUAGAAUGCCAUUGUUUAAUUAUUUUAAAAAUAUUAAAAUUGACACAAAAUUUGCUUCUUUGUAAGGCAAACGUGUUAUUAUUUGAAAA